GACUUUUUUAUUACGUUUUUAAUAUACUGCAGUGUGCGUAUGUUCUUUUUUGGGGGAAUUUAGAUGAUGAAAAUGGCUACUCUCUCCGGAAUCGGAAUCGGACUCAACAUCGGAAACGGAACUCGAGCAGUUAUUUCACCAACCACACAUUCAAAAUUCAUACUCUCACAUUCAAACUCAAAUUUCAUUCAUUUUCAUCAUUCAUUACACACAACCAAAACCAAUUUGAUCUCAUCCGUUCCAAAAAGACGGACAUUUUCGAUAUCCGCAUCCGCCGAUAGCGAAAAACAAGUUCGUGUUCGUUUCGCACCUUCUCCCACCGGUUAUCUUCAUGUUGGUGGUGCCAGAACUGCUCUUUUUAACUACCUUUACGCUAGGUCUAAAGGGGGAAAGUUUAUACUAAGAAUUGAGGACACGGAUUUGGAGAGAUCAACUAAAGAAUCCGAAGAAGCCGUGUUGCGUGACCUUGCUUGGCUUGGCCUUUCCUGGGAUGAAGGUCCUGGAAUCGGUGGUGAUUAUGGUCCGUAUCGCCAGUCAGAAAGGAAUGACAUGUACAAACAAUAUGCUAACAAGCUUUUACAAUCCGGUCAAGUAUAUCGAUGCUUUUGCUCAAAUGAGGAACUUGAGCAAAUGAAAGAGAUAGCAAAGGAAAAGCAGCUACCUCCUGUAUAUACAGGAAAGUGGGCCACCGCUUCAGACGAAGAAGUUCAACAAGAGUUAGCGAAGGGAACCCCGUAUACUUACAGAUUCCGGGUGCCUAAGGAAGGGAGCUUAAAAAUCAAUGAUUUAAUCAGAGGAGAGGUUAGCUGGAAUCUAGACACACUUGGGGAUUUUGUAGUUAUGAGGAGUAAUGGACAACCAGUAUAUAAUUUUUGCGUCACUGUUGAUGAUGCUACCAUGGCUAUCACACAUGUAAUAAGGGCAGAAGAGCAUUUACCUAAUACCCUGAGACAGGCGUUGAUCUAUAAGGCCCUGGGCUUCCCGAUGCCUUCUUUUGCACACGUUUCGUUGAUUCUUGCCCCUGAUCGAAGCAAACUGUCCAAACGACAUGGCGCUACUUCAGUAGGGCAGUUUAGGGAAAUGGGAUAUUUGCCUCAAGCAAUCGUGAAUUAUCUAGCAUUGUUAGGUUGGAGUGAUGGGACUAAUGCUGAAUUUUUUACACUAGAGCAACUGGUUGAAAAAUUCUCCAUCGACCGUGUUAACAAAAGUGGUGCCAUAUUUGAUUCAACGAAAUUGAGGUGGAUGAAUGGGCAGCACUUGAAAGCUCUUCCAAUGGAAGAGUUGAUAAAAACUGUCGGUACGCAAUGGAGGAGUGCUGGCAUCCUCAAUGAAUCAGAAGGGCCCUUUAUAGAAGAUGCUUUUAAGCUCCUGGAAGGUGGGAUUGAUGUGAUAACAGAUGCAGAAAAGUUACUCUCAGACUUGCUAUCUUAUCCAUUCCAUGCUACUCUAUCAAGUUCUGAAGGUAGAGAAAUCAUAGCAGACGGUCUUCCUGUGGUUGCAGAAAGCCUGUUAGCUGCAUAUGAUAGUGGUGAGCUUUUGGGUGCACUUGAGGAAGGAAAAUCAGGGUGGCAGAAGUGGGUUAAAGCCUUUGGGAAAUCAUUAAAACGCAAGGGUAAAGGUUUGUUCAUGCCCCUUCGAGUUUUGCUGACAGGAAAACUUCAUGGGCCUGACAUGGGGGAAAGCAUAGUUCUUAUCCACAGAGCUGGGACAAGUGGCGUUGUAAACCCUGAAGUUGGAUUCGCUACAUUAGAAGAACGACUUAAAUCAUUAAAAGAAGUCAACUGGGAAGCCUAUAGCAUGGCGGAGCCUGCUACCGUAGCUUCUCACUGAAGUAUGGCAGUUAUGCACUUAUGCAUGAUUUUGUGAGAGAUGGCUUGUUUAGGCAUGCAACCAAGUAAUUCAGAUUUUGUAGAAUAUAGUCAUCAUUUCAUUUGUUUCUUAGUUUAUAGGAUAUCAAACGCAUUGGUUACAUAAAGGCAUUGUUUUAUAUUUUUAGCCGGCUUUGAAGCUAAAGAGGGUUCAAUUUCUCCCUCUUUUGUAAAAAUUCUUAAGUUCUUCGAUUCCUUACUUUCAAUAUGUAAUGCUAUUUAUACCACUUCUACUA